AUGUCCUCGUCUGGCAGUCAACAUUCGUCUGCUGAGACUCGGAGCACUCUAUCUGCGGACGAAGAUUUUUGGCGCAAUGCCAACAUCAAUAUUGAUGCACUGUCAGACAUCAUCGCUGCGCAUAUGCAUUCCCCCUGUCUGGAACGGACCUCAAUGGAAAACGGCGCAUACGCUCGUGUGUAUCUCUUCGUCCUUAAGAACGGUUGCCACGUGGUAGGACGCCUUAUUCUUCCUGUGCGUGAGCACCUGAAAACCGAGGCAGAAGUGUCCGCCAUGAUUUUCGCCAAAAAGCAUACGUCCAUUCCCGUCCCUAAAGUCCAUCUGUUUUGCAGCAACCCUGACAAUCCCGUCUGCGUAGAAUGGGUCAUCAUGGACUAUAUUGCUGGUCAACAACUAGCCGAUUGUUUCGACGACCUUGGGUAUCCUCAGAAGCACCAAAUAGCCUCCGACCUUGCACAGAUCAUGCACUCUCUAUUCUCUAUCACGGCGCCACUCGCCGGGAGUCUGUUCUAUGUCAGACAGUCACAGGAAUUAUCACCUCUACGCUUCGGUGGCGUCGCUCAUCCGGACGCAGGUUGUUCUCUACCUUCAACCAUCGUCGAUAUUGGGUCGACCAAGCUCAGCAUGAACCCAGGUCCUAUCAACGACAUCACCUUCCUGAACUUUCCGCACCAGCUCCCCGCCUCAUUCUGCGGCCCAUUCCCCUCCGAACGCUCCUUCCUUGAAGCCUUCGCCUACGGCGGCAUUCCACCCCACCGACGCAUACCCCACGAAGAUCCCCACGGAAGUGCAUACGACAUGAUCCUCAAAGUCUACGACUCCAUCCGCCCUCUAUAUACUUUAGAUCCCCAUCUGUUUCACUUCGCCCAUGGAGACUUUAGCGCUGCGAAUAUUCUCGUCGAUCCUGAGACGGGUCAAGUCAUUGGCAUUAUAGACUGGGAGAUGGCAGGGUUCCGGCCUUCGUAG